ACAAUGGAGCAAUCCAGAAUAUCUGCAUGAGCCGUUCGUUGUUUAUAUCUUCCCUUUCGGAAGAAAAGGUGACAAGACAGCCCCACAUGCCUCUGCCUGUCUGUAGUUUACUGCCGAUGCUGCUGCUGAUGCUACUGCUACUCCUGCUUCUGCUUUGAGAUUGAAUCGAGGGAUCUAAAUUCUCAUCUAUCAAGCAAGGCUUGUGAGGUGUGAGUUUUCUGCCGAGUCGAAAUGGCUGGGGAGAAUGGGAAGAAAGGGGAAAUGAAGGUAAUUGAAGACGUUGUGUCGGAGACGGAAGGGACAUUAGGGUACUACAUCGCUCGCCGACUCGUUGAGAUCGGCGUCCGUGACGUGUUUACCGUGCCCGGCGACUUCAACUUGGUUCUACUUGACCACUUAAUCGCUGAACCCAAACUGAGGCUCGUGGGAUGUUGCAAUGAAUUAAACGCGGGAUACGCUGCUGAUGGGUACGCGCGAGCUCAUGGGGUCGGUGCAUGCGUGGUAACAUUUACUGUGGGAGGAUUAAGCGUCAUCAACGCCAUAGCCGGUGCUUACAGCGAGAAUUUACCCAUCAUCUGCAUUGUCGGUGGGCCAAACUCAAAUGACUUCGGGACGAACCGAAUAAUCCACCACACGAUCGGAGAGCCGGACUUUGGUCAAGAGCAUCGAUGCUUUCAGCAAAUCACAUGCGCACAGAUUGUAAUACAGAAUUUGGACGAUGCACACGAGCUUCUGGACAGAGCCAUAUCCACAGCCUUGAAUAAGAGCAAGCCCGUCUAUGUGAGCGUCAGCUGCAAUCUGCCCUCGCUUCCACACCCGUCUUUUAAGAUUUCGCCCAUCCCUUACUCAAUCACUCAGGGUACCGAGGUCACAAGCCGCUUAUACGGAAUCGGAAUGCUGAAGACCAACUCACUGUGCCUCGAAAGUGCUUUGGAUACGGUUGCUGAGAUCUUAAAUACAGCGGUCAAGCCUGUCCUCAUUGCCGGCCCAAAUCUUCGAAUUGCAAAAGCCAUUGACGCUUUUGAAGCAUUGGCGACUGCAAGUGGGUAUGCUGUGGCCGUCAUGCCAUCAGGGAAGGGCCACUUCCGAGAGACACAUCCGCAUUUCGUAGGCACCUACUGGGGUGCGGUCAGCACUUCAUAUGUGUCGGAGAUUGUGGAAUCUGCCGACAUCUACGUCUUUGUUGGGCCAAUCUUCAACGACUACAGUUCCGUAGGGUACUCGCUUUUGUGUAAAAAAGAGAAGAUGAUCAUCGUGCAACCUGAGAGAGUCACUAUUGGAAACGGGUCGUCGUUCGGGUGUGUGCUGAUGAAGGACUUCCUACUGGCACUAGCAAAGAAAGUGAAGCGAAACACGACUUCAUUCGACAACUACUUGCGCAUGUAUGUCCCUCCUGGCGUGCCAUUGAAGCAGAAGCCUAAUGAGUCUCUCAAGACUGUCAACCUUUACAAGCACAUUCAGGGGAUGCUAUCACGUCACACUGCAGUCAUAGCCGAAACAGGCGACUCGUGGUUCAACUGCCAGAAACUGAAGCUACCCGAUGGCUGCGGCUACGAGUUUCAGAUGCAAUACGGGUCCAUAGGGUGGUCUGUGGGCGCCACUUUGGGUUACGCACAAGGAGCGCCGAACAAGCGAGUGAUCGCAUGUAUUGGUGACGGGAGCUUUCAAGUAACGGCGCAAGAUGUGUCGACGAUGAUACGAUGUGGGCAGAGAAGCAUCAUCUUCCUGAUCAACAAUGGUGGUUACACCAUUGAGGUCGAGAUCCAUGAUGGACCAUACAACAUCAUCAAGAACUGGAACUACACUGGAGUGGUGGAAGCCUUCCACAACGGCGAAGGCAAACUUUGGACCUGCAAGGUGCGAACUGAGGAUGAUCUCAUCGAUGCGAUUGCUACCGCACAAGGAGAGAAGAAAGACCACCUGUGUUUCAUCGAGAUCAUGGUGCACAGGGAUGAUACCAGCAAAGAGCUUCUAGAGUGGGGUUCGCGCGUGGCCGCUGCGAAUAGCCGGCCUCCCAAUCCUCAGUAGAGUAAUUAGCAUCCGAGUAUGUAUAUAUAUAUAUAUAUAUAGAUAUAUCCGAGUAUGUAUGUAUUUUGCAGCAGUGACAAACAGAGACUGUUGUUAUAAGAGUAGCAAGGAUAUGUGCACUUGUCAUGUGUUGCUUUUUUUUUUUUUUUUUUUUUUUUUGCUAUGAUUUUUUAGAUACCUCUGUAGAAACGUGUGCAAAGGAUUUGGUGAGUGUGGGUGGGUGGUCACCUUCCAUCACAUUAAACUCAGAUAUUUGCAUUUUUGUGUGAUUCUCCGAUGUUGUGGAACACCUCCAAGAUGAUAACUCCAUCCUGGGGCUUUCAUUAAAAAAACUGCUAACAAACUUAA